CACACUGCAAAAGACAAGAAGUUCGUAAAAAAAAAGUAAAAUAUUUAGUCGCUUUAAAAAUGUUUGCGAGAUCUCUUGUGCCGAUCACUGUGUGCGCGGUCUUCCUGUCGCCCUUCCUGUCCGCCACCGUCCGUGCCGAGGAGGAGGCGGUCAAGAAUGUCGAGAAGCAGUUUGCCGUGGAGCUGGACCCGGAAAAAUUCAAUCAGGCCCUCCAAGCCGGCAAUGUGUUUGUCAAAUUCUUUGCUCCGUGGUGCGGCCAUUGCAAGCGUCUGCAUCCAUUGUGGGAGCAGCUGGCGGAGAUAAUGAAUGUCGAAGACCCGAAGGUGAUCAUUGCAAAGGUGGACUGCACCAAACACCAGGCCCUGUGUGCUGAACACGAGGUGACCGGCUAUCCGACGCUGCGCCUUUUCAAGCUCGGCGAUACGGAGUCGGUGAAGUUCAAGGGCACCCGCGACCUUCCCGCCAUCACGGACUUCAUAAAUCACGAGCUGAGCUCCGAAGUGGAGCAGGCCGAGGAGACGCUGAAGGAGAACGGAGAAGGCGCCGUGCCCGUGGCCAAUCAACAUUUGGGCAAGGUGGUGGAUCUCACCGAGGACACCUUUGCCAAGCACGUGUCCAGCGGCAAUCACUUUGUCAAGUUCUUUGCCCCAUGGUGCAGUCAUUGUCAGCGCCUGGCUCCCACCUGGGAUGAGCUGGCAAAGGAGCUGAAGCAGUUUUCGGGCGUGACCGUUUCGAAGAUCGACUGCACACAGUACCGCUCCGUCUGCCAGGACUUUGAGGUCAAGGGCUAUCCCACGCUGCUCUGGAUCGAGGAUGGCAAGAAAAUUGAGAAGUACUCGGGUGCCCGGGAUCUGCCCACGCUGAAGACCUACGUUGAGAAAAUGGUGGGUGUGCCCACGGACAAGAAGGAGGUCAGCGAUACAUCUGCCCAAGAGGCGGCCAAGGAGAAGGCGGAUGAGGAGGCAGAGAAACUAAAACCGCAGCAACUGACUGGCGAGGGGGCGUUCACUCAGGCCGUGGCCGAGGGCACAGCCUUCAUCAAGUUCUAUGCACCCUGGUGCGGUCACUGCCAGAAGCUGCAGCCCACCUGGGAGCAGCUGGCCACGGAGACGCACAAUGCCCAGCCGGGGGUUGUGAUUGCCAAGGUGGACUGCACGGCGCCCGAGAAUAAGCAGAUCUGUAUUGAUGAGCAGGUCGAGGGCUAUCCCACGCUCUUCCUCUACAAGAACGGUCAGCGGCAGGACGAGUACGAGGGCAGCCGCACACUGCCGGAGCUGAAGGCCUAUCUCAAGAAGACCAUCGGCCACGAUGAGCUCUGAGGAAGCGCUAGCCACGUCAGCCUUCGCAAUCUGAUGAACAAAAUCACCCUGGAAAUAUAUGCCACCGCCAAAGUAAUUGUAAUGCUUUCUCUCUACGUUCGAGCCACUCCAUCAGCAGCAGCAGAAGCAGCAGCAGCAGCCGCCUCUAUGAGGAUUGAUGCCCCGCAUUUAACCGACGACGACGCCACAGCCACACUUGAAUGUUGAAGCUGAAUAAAAUAAUAUCAUUUUAGUUCGUGAUCGUGAUUAAAUUUGUGUCCUCUUUGACCCGCCUCAGCAAUGUGGGAGCGAGCUCUUUUGUACCUAGUAAUUAAUUUGUUGGGAUGUCUUGUGUUUCGAUUUGUAAUAAAUAAAUGUUCGUGGUCAAGCAGGCUACUAUUAAGUGAUUCUUAGGGAAAAUGAUCACCAGAAUAAACAAUCUUCAAUUGAA